CUGUCCCAGGGGAGGCACCUGAGCCACACCCAGGAGCAGGGAAAGGCUUCAGCCAAGGCUGGCUGGGCAGACAGGUGAGGCUGGGCUUCUGCCUUCCGUGGUCACUUACUGCUCAUCAGUCUCAGCACCAUGAGUGGCCGAGUUGGAGACCUGAGCCCCAAGCAGGCAGAGACCCUGGCCAAGUUCCGAGAAAAUGUCCAGGAUGUGCUGCCCGCCCUGCCAAACCCUGAUGACUAUUUUCUUCUUCGUUGGCUCCGAGCUCGGAACUUUGACCUACAGAAAUCAGAGGCCAUGCUCCGCAAGUACAUGGAGUUCCGGAAGACCAUGGACAUUGAUCACAUCCUUGACUGGCAGCCCCCAGAGGUGAUCCAGAAGUACAUGCCCGGAGGCCUGUGUGGCUAUGACCGGGACGGCUGCCCUGUGUGGUAUGACAUCAUCGGGCCACUGGACCCCAAAGGGCUGCUUUUCUCAGUCACCAAGCAGGACCUGUUGAAGACUAAGAUGAGGGACUGUGAACGUAUCCUGCACGAGUGUGACCUGCAGACAGAGCGGUUCUUUGGCCUCCUUGAAGAGAAUUACCCAGAGACCCUGAAGUUCAUGCUCAUUGUGAAAGCCACCAAACUGUUCCCCGUGGGCUACAACCUCAUGAAGCCAUUCCUGAGUGAGGACACACGGAGGAAGAUUGUAGUGUUGGGAAACAGCUGGAAAGAAGGUUUGCUGAAACUCAUCAGUCCUGAGGAACUGCCUGCCCAUUUUGGGGGGACACUCACUGACCCAGAUGGGAAUCCCAAAUGUUUAACCAAGAUCAACUACGGUGGGGAGAUUCCCAAGUCCAUGUAUGUGCGUGACCAGGUGAAGACCCAGUAUGAGCACUCGGUGCAGAUUAGCCGCGGCUCCUCCCAUCAGGUGGAAUACGAGAUCCUGUUCCCAGGCUGCGUCCUCAGGUGGCAGUUCUCAUCUGAUGGAGCAGACAUUGGCUUUGGAGUUUUCCUCAAGACCAAGAUGGGGGAGAGGCAGAAGGCAGGGGAGAUGACCGAGGUGCUAACCAGCCAGCGCUACAAUGCCCACAUGGUGCCUGAGGAUGGGAGCCUCACCUGCACCGAGGCUGGUGUCUAUGUCCUGCGCUUUGACAACACCUAUAGCUUCGUCCAUGCCAAGAAGGUCAGCUUCACGGUUGAAGUGCUUCUCCCAGAUGAGGGCAUGCAGAAGUACGAUGAGGAGCUCACCCCUAUCUAGGUGGACCCCCCCACUUCUCAGAGACCCCACGCUCUGUUUUCCCUCUUCUCUCCUUUCAUUCCUAAACCUGAUCAUUAGUCGGGCUUACUCUGUGACACCAGUGCGCAGAGGAAGAGAUUGCCCGGAGAAGAUUUAUCUGCUGUAGUCAAAUUGCAAAAUGACGAAAGGUUGGAGGUAUAAAGAUUGCAAAAGAGAAAGAAGCACAAGGAAAAGACAGAAGAUGGGUGUCACUGGGGUCUAAGAAUAGGGAAAGGGGGGUUGGGGAUUUAGCUCAGUGGUAGAGCGCUUGCCUAGCAAGCGCAAGGCCCUGGGUUCGGUCCUCAGCUCCAAAAAAAAAAAAAAAAAAAAAAAAAAAGAACAGGGAAAGGACUCUACUUGACCUCUUCUCUCCUAAGACAUUUGUACUUGAGUAGGGACUAUGACUGUGACUGUGACUGUGUCUGUGAGCGGCUUGAGCUGCAGAUUAUCUGAAUCAUUUUUAUUUCCAUUUUACUAUAAAGUAGAUGCUUACUGUAUUUCUGUAAGUUAAACAGACGACCAGAAGGCAGGGACCACAAGGUCAUGGGAAUGGUAAAGAGAUCAGACAGCAGAUUUCAGCACCCUGGACAGAGCCCCACUCGCAGAAAACCGGACCGUCCAACCUGACAGUGGUUUCCUUUUGGGAGUCUCAGAUACAGUAACUCCAACCCUCUGGCAGGAGGCGCCCCUGCUUCUGACUUUGCCUGACCCAGGGGCACAGGCUCUAUGCAUUAUUCUCAUAAUCACCUCCUUCCUUUUGAACUCACAGCUCAUAUUUUAAGGCCAUUAAAAGAAUUUUCCCCAGGGCUGGAGAGAUGGCUCAACUGUUAGGAGCACUGGCUGCUCUUCCAGAGGUCCUGAGUUCAAUUCCCAGCAAUCACAUGGUGGGUCACGACCAUCUGUAGUGGGAUCUGGUGCCCUCUUCUGGCCUGCACGUGUACAUGCAGUCAGAGCACAUAAAUAAAAACAAAACAAAAACAAAAACACAACAUUUCCCCCCAAAGCAAAGAAAGCCAAUACCGACUCUCAAUGCUGCCGGGCAAAACAAUGGCAAUAAUGUCCGUCGUUGGCUGAGGAUUGUCACUGUUCCAGGAGCUUCACAAGGUAGAAUGACACCACCCUCACACCACCAAUACACCUUAUCAGAGCCACUUUAUGAAGGAGGAAACCGAGCUCAGAGAGGCUAAGGUAGCCACUCAGUGUCAUGUAGUCAUCAGCAGAUCUAGGAUCUGAGACUUUUGCUCUUUAUUUAGUCAGAAGGCAUUGCUCUAAAUUGCUCCACGGUGUCCCCACAUAAGACCCUGCUCUGACAAGAAGAUAAGGAAUGCUUUGCUUGCCCUGCAUCUUUAAGUAGAGUUACUGGGUAUCCCCAUUUAAAAGAUGGAAGAAAUAAUCCCCCAAAUUGGGCAGCCCAGCUAGUGGAGCCCCACAACGUGUGAGGGGGUUGUUCAAGAAGCCUCGCAGAGGGCUGGAAGGCCUUGCACUCCUUUAUCCGGUGAUUUGUCCUUUGCUCGCACAGAUGCAAGGAUGCUCACCUGAUGCUCACCAUGUCCCUCGGGAACUGGGACAAGGCCUGGUUCCCAUUUCUUUCUCAAUUUCCUGACCCAUGCUGGGUGCUCGGACAUUGGCUCGAGUCCCGGCUCCUGGCACAACUCUUGCCAAGAGAUGAUUAGUUCAGAGAAUGCAGGGAGGCCAGAACCCAGGGAAACUGCUGUUUCCAUGAAAUGCACUGUGGGAACUAAGAGCUGAGUGUGGAGCCUGACACUCACCAAGCUAACUUCAUUCUGUAGAGGAGAGCAGAGCCAUGCACAGACCUGUGCCUACACUUCAGGGCACCGGCUAUUGUGCCCAUCUUAUAUAGAGGGACUGUCCUGGGGUUUCCAUUGGUGUGAUGAAACACCAUGACCAAAAGAAAUUGGAAGAAAAGGGUUCGUUUCUCUCGGUUUUCUAUAACCAUUCAUCAUCAAAAGCAGUAAAGGCGGGAAUUCACACAGGGCAGGAUGUGGGAGGCAGGAGCUGAGGCAGAAGCCAUGGAGGGAUGCUGCUUACUGGCUUGCUCCUCAUGGUUUGCUCAGCCUGUUUUCUUACAGAGCCCAGGACCACCAGAGCAGGGAUGACACCACCCAGUGAUCACUAAUUAAGAAAGUACCUUACAGCCAGAACUUAUGGAGGCAUUUUCUGUACUGAGGCCCCUUCCUCUCUGAUGACUCUAGCUUGUGUCUAGCAAGGACAGAAACUGAGCUCCCAACAGCACUGGCCUCAUUUCUUCAGUCAGUGGGUGAUAGAAAUGGACCAGGGCCAAGGUGCCCUCUUCACUUUGUGGCCUCCAGGUUCCUGUGUGAUGUUCCAAAUGGGGUAAAACUGCUUCCUCCUUUCUGAGCAGGCAGGGGAGGGGAAAGUAACUGGAAUCACAAAAGAGGAGAAGAAAGAUUGGGAAGAGAAAGCUGUCAGACUUUGAAAGACAAAGAGUGAUGUUGAAUGAUCCUUAAUAUGUAUUCAUUACCUGACAUUAAAGUUUAUGAGCAUCCAUAUCUUUUCAAAAAA